CACCUCCCACACCAUGUCGCGUUCGCCCUCACCGGCCUCGUCGCUCGACUUUGUCGACUCGGACUCCUCGGGAUCUGAGGACGAGUACGCCCCGGUCAAGCGCCGCGCUCCCGCCAAGGCUCCGGCUCGCGGUGGAGCAGCGGCGGCAACGGGCAUCAAGAUCAACUUGACUGCCUUGCAGCGUGCGCGCGAGGUCGCGGGAGCGCAUCCAGCCGAUGGGGCUGUGGACUAUGAUGACGGCGGCGAUGAUGGCGAGGGGUUCCUCGAAGGGCUGGUCGGCAGGAGGGGAAUCGACCUGUCCGGCGAGAACCUCAAGGCUGACCACGCCGCCCGACCUUUGUGGAUCGAUGAAUCUGGUAACAUUAUCCUCGAAGCCUUUGCACCCCUCGCUACUGCCGCGCAAGACUUCUUGAUCGCGAUCGCCGAGCCAGUAUCACGCCCAAGUUUGAUACACGAGUACAGGAUUACCAAGCCGUCGCUGCACGCCGCCAUGUCGGUCGGUCUCGAGACAAACGACAUUAUCGAAGUGUUGUCGCGUCUGUCGAAGAUUCCUCUACCGAAGCGGUUGAUUCGACGCAUUCGCGAGUGGACGUCGUCGUACGGCAAGAUCAAGCUCGUCCUAAAGCACAACCGCUACCUCUUGGAGUCCAGUGUGCCAGAGUACCUCCAGCAGCUGCUCAAGGACGACGUGAUCAAGAACUGCCGUGUUCACCGCGAGGAAGAGGAAGAGGACGUGACCUUUGGCAUUGAGAAGACGUCAGGCCCGAGGCGAGACUUCCACAUCCCUGGUACCGAGGAGGCCCGACGAGCUGAGCGCGGCGAGGCAAGCCGUCCGGACGAGAACGGGCGCGGGCGUGACGACGUUAUCGGUGCUGUGAUCGGUAUCAACGAGACCGACGAGCUCGACGAAGACGACGCGGUGCAGUCGUUCGAGGUCGCUGGAGAUCGGAUGGAGGAGGUCCGCCGUCGCUGCAAGGACAUCGACCUCCCGGCGCUCGAGGAGUACGACUUUAGGAACGACAACCGAAACGCGAACCUGGACAUCCAGCUCAAGCCGAUGACCGUCAUUCGCCCAUACCAGGAGACAUCGCUGUCCAAGAUGUUCGGUAACGGCCGUGCGCGUUCUGGUAUCAUUGUGCUGCCAUGUGGUGCAGGCAAGACGCUCGUCGGCAUCACGGCCGCCUGCACAAUUCGGAAGAGUGCGCUGGUGCUCUGCACGUCGGCUGUGUCAGUCGCCCAAUGGAAGCAGCAGUUCCUCCAGUUCUCCAACAUCAGCGAACGCCAGAUCUGCACCUUCACGCAGGGCGAGAAGGAGAUCUUCCAGGGCCCGGCCGGUAUCGUCAUCUCGACGUACUCGAUGAUUGCGAAAACUGGCAAGCGUGCCCACGAUGCCGAGAAAGUCAUGCAGUUCCUCCGCUCGCGCGAGUGGGGCUUCCUCCUGCUUGACGAAGUGCACGUCGUCCCCGCUGAGAUGUUCCGCAAGUGUGUGAGCGGCUUCAAGGUGCACGCCAAGCUCGGCCUGACGGCCACGCUUGUGCGUGAGGACGACAAGAUCAACGACCUUGGAUACCUCAUUGGCCCGAAGCUUUAUGAGGCCAACUGGAUGGACCUGGCGAAGAACGGGCACAUUGCGACUGUGCAGUGCGCCGAGGUGUGGUGCCCGAUGACGCCAGAGUUCUACCGCGAGUACCUCCGCAACCCGUCGCGCAAGCGAGUGCUCCUGCACGCCAUGAACCCGAACAAGAUGCAGGCGUGCCAGUUCCUCAUCAACUACCACGAAUCGCGCGGCGACAAGGUGAUUGUCUUCUCGGACAAUGUGUACGCGCUCGAAGCGUACGCCAAGAAGCUGGGCAAGCCAUACAUCCACGGUGGGACGCCCGAGGGCGAGCGUCUGCAAAUUCUCAGUCGAUUCCAGCACGACCCGCAGCUCAACACCAUCUUCCUGUCCAAGGUUGGUGACACGUCCAUCGACCUCCCAGAAGCCACCUGCCUCGUGCAGAUUUCGAGCCACUUCGGCUCGCGUCGCCAAGAGGCGCAGCGUCUGGGUCGUAUCCUCCGUGCCAAGCGCCGUAACGACGAGGGCUUCAAUGCCUUCUUCUACUCGCUGGUCUCCAAGGACACGCAGGAGAUGUACUACUCGUCCAAGCGUCAGGGCUUCCUGAUCGACCAGGGCUACGCGUUCAAGGUUAUCACCGAGCUGCAUGGCAUUGACAAGAUGGACGGUCUUGUCUUCCCGACCAAGGCGCAGCAGAUCUCGCUGCUCGAGGAAGUCCUCAACACAGGCGCGGACAGCUGGGAGACAUCGGACCACUACAUGCGCCUGAACAAUGGCAAGCAUCAGAAGGUGGCUAGCCGCGGUGCACAGAACGUCAAGACGGCAGCGCCGGUGCAGCGGUUCACGGCGCCUCUCGAGCACCUGUCGGGUGGGCAGAACCUUAGCUACCGCGAGCAGAACAAGAGCGCCAACAAGGAGCUGCAGCGUGAGGAGCGGCUUACGAAGAAGCAGCGCGUGGCGCAGAACGCGGGCCAGCAUUCAGUGUUCAAAAAGCGCCAGAAUGAGCUGGCGUCGGCGAAGAAGCGUAUGGGGCAGUAGAGGCAGCAGUAGUUGUAGCAUUAUGAACAUAUAGCAUUUGGAAGUGUAUUGUGAG